AUGGGAAAGUUCGGUGCGCAAGGCUUUCCUGGCAGACUCACCGGACGCGGGCAUCAUCGUCGAGCAGGGUUUCGCCCAAGCACAUGCUUUCCGGGAAGAUCCACUGGAAGAUGUGGCUAUGAGGCAGGCCGCUGCUUUGGACGUGUUUUGGCCGAAGGACUCAGACCUCUCCCGUGUGCGAAGCUUGUUGUAAAGCACUUUCUGUUUUCAAUAGUGGGCGGCGGGCCAAGUGCUGCAGAGCGUGGAAACGGAAUGGCCAGGAUUCGAGACGAGAAUCGAAAGACCCUCGUAUGCGUUGGAACUGACGUCUGA